UCGCGGUCUGUCAUUUGUGUGAAUCGCGGCGUAGAAUUCGCCUCUUUUUGCUUGUUUCUUCUUUCUUGUUUCUUCCUUCUUUUCCGUAUCCGUCUUUCGUUUCUCUGCCAGUCGGUCCACCUUCCUGCCUCAGCAGGUAACCCCCUUCAACAUGGGCCAUAACGACAUCAUCGCCGAGUUGCCAACGUACGACUCAGACCAGAAGAAGGCCGCUUCCCACGAUGAUAUUGGUCAUACCUCUUCGUCGCCCGAGGAGGGCGUCGUCGGGACCAUCGUCGGGGCAGAACUCUCCGACUUUGAGAAGCAGAAGGCAGCCGCUGGCCAUGCCCACUUCCACCGCCUGGGCUGGAAACGGCUCACGGUCGUCAUGAUCGUCGAGGCCAUCGCCCUUGGCAGCCUGAGCCUCCCAUCCUCCUUCGCCACGCUGGGCAUGGUCGCCGGUGUCAUCCUCUGUAUCGGAAUCGGCUUGAUCGCCAUCUACACCAGCUACAUCGUCGGCCAGGUCAAGCUCAAGUUCCCGCACAUGACCACCUAUGCUGAUGCCGGGAUGCUGAUGAUGGGUCGGUUUGGGUACGAGCUUUUCGGGGCCAUGUUUGUGCUCCUGUUGACGUUCCUCACUGCCUCGCACUGCCUGACGGGCACGAUUGCCUUCCAGAGCAUCACAGAGAGCAAUGUCUGCAGCAUCGUGUUUGGUGUCGUCAGUGCAAUCUUGCUCUUUGCCCUCGCCAUCCCGCCUUCGUUUACCGAGAUGGCCAUCCUCGGCUACGUCGACUUUGUCUCCAUCCUGCUCGCGAUUGGGAUCACCAUCAUCGGCACAGGGAUACAAUCCAACAGCGCACCGGGUGGUCUGGCCAAUGUGAACUGGUCUGCAUGGCCCAAAGAGAACAUCAACUUCUCGGAGGCCUUCAUCGCCGUCUCCAAUAUUGCAUUCGCCUACACCUUUGCAAUGUGCCAGUUCUCCUUCAUGGAUGAGAUGCACACGCCACGGCACUAUACCAAGUCAAUCUACGCGCUUGGCAUGAUCGAGAUCGUCAUUUACACCCUGACCGGCGCCCUGAUCUACGCCUUCGUGGGCCAGGAUGUGGAAUCACCGGCACUUCUCUCGGCAGGCCAUACCAUGUCGCGGGUGGCUUUUGGCGUCGCAUUGCCAGUCAUCUUCAUUUCCGGGUCGAUCAACACCACCGUGUUGGCACGGUAUAUCCACGGGCGGAUAUUCAAGAAGAGCAUCAUCCGGUUCAUCAACACGAAGACCGGGUGGUUGACUUGGCUCGGCGUGCUGCUUGCCAUUAUUAUCGUCGCCUGGAUCAUUGCGGAGGCCAUUCCCCUCUUUUCGGACCUGCUGUCCAUCAUGGCGGCGUUGUUCAUCUCGGGCUUCACCUUCUAUAUCCCUUCUAUGAUGUGGUUCAUGCUUCUUAGGGAGGGCAAGUGGCAUGCCAAGGAGAAUCUUUUCAUAUCUCUGCUCAAUGCAGCGAUAUUCUUCAUUGGGGUGGUCCUGCUGGUUGGCGGGAUGUAUUCAUCUAUUACCGACAUUAGGCAUAAUUUCCAAAGCGGUACUAUGCGCGGCGCAUUUACAUGUGGUUGAGAGAAAGCAGGUUCAACCGAAUGUCCAUGUAUAUCAAUAAGAUCUGAUAUUAUUAGAGGCACAAAGACCAGUCUAGAAUAAGCGAUUUAAAUGUUUCCAAGCACGGGUAUCCCAUCGGUACUAUCCUUAGAACUGCACCUCAAACUCCGCCGAAACGAAUCACUGGCACGUCCCCCAUCCACUGCCAACCCGCUCAUCCAACAGGCUAGAGAGUACCUCCCGACAUCUCGGACG